UAGCAGUCCGGGCUGCUCUCCUCAGCCUCACAUACAUUCAAUUCAUGUCAAGGAAGAACCAGUGAUUGCAGAGGAUGAAGACUGUCCAAUGUCUUUGGUGACAACAGCGAAUCACAGUCCAGAAUUGGAAGAUGAUAGAGAGAUUGAGGAAGAGCCUUUAUCUGAAGAUCUGGAAUGAAAAAAGAGACUUGAGAAACCUCAAAAUGAAGGGACAUAUCACUGACCUUCAUAACCACUCCACAACCAUGAAUAUUUGAGAAAUUUUUACUGUGACUAUUUAUUAAAGCAUGGAUAACGGAGAACAGCCCUAAAGGAACUUGUUAAGCCAGCCCUUUGGGACCCAGUAACAACAGGCUAAUUGCUUGUUUUCUUCUUCUUUUUUUUUUUUAAAGACAAAAACUGAUUUUCUUGAAAAAUAAAACUGUUCUUUAUAUAAUGGCUUGCCCAUUUAAAAAAAUGUGGCUCUUAAGGGUUCAUGAAAUGACUGAAUAUGAGGAUACAUGUUCUGUAGAAAGCAAAUGGGCCUCAUAUACUGCCAAAAAUAGUGUUAGUUUCAUUAAUGUGAAUUUCCAGCAUACAGUAGUUGUAAUGUUAGAAACAAUUGCUGGUCAAGUUCAACUUGUUGCUAUUGUUUUUAAUUUGCACAGGAGUAGUAUCAGAAAUUAGUGUCACUGCUUGUAUCUAGCUGAAUUUUAAACAACAGAACAUUAGUUUUUUAUGUUGGUGCCACCAACUGUAAAUGACAUAAGUUAGUUAUUACAAACCACAGUAAUUAGACUGUUGCAACCAUCUAAAAACCUUUAGGCUUCCAGUCUGUGCUGUUAGUGUUAAGAUGUAAAGUGCAAUCCUAAGCUAACAUUGUCUGUGCAAGCACCAUAGAAACAUUUGCAUAUCUGCAUAUAUCUUACAACUGUACUCUUUACCUCCUUGUGAUAAAGCUUUGUCUACCUGCAAACACAGUCAAAGGCUACAGCUGCAAACCAAAGCCAACUCUAACAAUGGCCAAUAGCUCAACGACAGAAGCAGCCACAUGCUUUGGUCAGCCUUCUGUAACUUUAAUUAGUACAAAGGAACCUUUCCAUGAACUACCUGCUGUUUUCUGAUGACCUCUGGGAUCUUUUCAUUUAGCCCUGUACAAAGAAAUAAAUAUGAAAAAAGUCAAUUCAGUCACAGUGUAAUCUUCUGAGGCCAAAAGUCAAUCUAAAUGCAGUGAAGAUUUGCUUUCAUUUAAGACAGAGGUGAGAACAAAGUCUGCAAUGGAAGUAUGAUAGAAAGCAACAAAUGUGGAUCACUGACCAAAACAAAUUAUGUACUUGAUGCAAAUGCAGAUUGCAUAUUGUUAUAUAUAAUACAUUAUGUUUUUAUUAUUUUUUUCCCAUUCAGUCUGUUUUUUUUCUGUGGUGAAUACAUGUUGUUAGAAGAUGUCUUGUACGGUCUUAAUCUUUGUUGUGUACUAUUUUUUAUAGUCUUAAGUUAUAAUGAA